AUGGCCACUCCGCAGUCCAACCCUGCAGUACCUCACGGACAGGAAUCCCCUCAACCAGCAACGCCAUCGCCAGUCCUUAACGCAGUCUCCAUCAAGAUUGCCUCACUCCCGUAUGACGCCCUCAAGACCGAUCUGACCCGGCGCACCACCGCGUCUGAACAGGAGCGCCUAAGGCAACUCCUGACUGCUGAGGUCCUCGGCGACAGAAGGCUAUUUCAGCUACUCCGCCGAAUGCAACAACUCUUGGGCGACCGCGCUUCCGCACUAGACGAAUCCAUCUUGCGCGAGCCUCUUUCUGCAGCGGCUCCCGAACACGCCUUGGCUGACAAGAUAAUGGACAUCGCACCGCAAAUCAUUUCCGCCGUAUCACCGCAACCUCACGCGGUUUCCCCACUUUCGACCACUCCCACGAUGUCGGACUUCCAGACCCUCUAUCACCCAGGCACCGUAGCCCUCGCCGAAACAGUCGGCGCCGCAGCCUCUCCAACCCAGGCUGUCAACGCCACGCCCCUCACCACUUUCGGCGAAAAGCUUGUGACCCUCAAUCUUGGUCUACGCCGCCCUUUUCGCUGGGUUUUCACCAUUGCGCAAGUCCCGCACGCCAUAAUCGGAGCGGACUCUUUGGCGCACUUCGGCCUUCUCGUGGACAUGAACUGUCGCAGGUUGAUUGACACUACUACCAACCUUAUGGUGCAAGGCGCAAUCGCAUCGACACGCAUACUCGACGUGGUCCAUCACAUCGUAACCACCGGUCCACCUGUCCACGUCCGCCCACGUUGCCUCGCACCAGAGAAGCUCAAGGUGUGCAGAGCUGAGGUCGAGCACAUGCUCGACCUCGGCAUCAUCGAACCUUCAUCCAGCAACUGGUCAUCCGCUCUCCACAUGGUCCCCAAGACGACUGGCGAGUGGCGACCAUGUGGAGAUUACAGAGCCCUCUACCGCGUCACCGUACCAGAUCGAUACCCGAUUCCUCACGUACAGUAUUUCACCAGCCACCUGCACGGCGCGAAAAUUUUCUCGAAGGUCUAUCUGUUUUUGCGAAUGCCCUUUGGCUUGCGAAACGCAGCGCAAACUUUCCAACGGUUCAUCGACUCAGUCAUCAGAGGUCUUCCGUUUCUGUCCGCCUACAUUGACGACCUGCUGAUCGCAAGUUCCACCCCGCAAGAGCAUGCCGCCCAUCUUCGCCCUCUCUUUACUCGCCUCAACGACUUCGGUAUCGUCGUCAAUGCCGCCAAGAGCGAGUUCGGGGUGGAGCAACUAGAGUUCCUCGGCCACCUCAUCACCAGCUCCGGCAUUACCCCACUUCCCGCAAAGGUCCAAGCGAUCCAGGACUUCCCACAACCCUCGUCCGCACGCAAGGUCCGGGAAUUCCUCGGCCGUACCGCCAUUCUCACCUGGCCGCAAGCCGCCAUCGAUGCCUUUGAGAUUAAGCGUGACUUGGCUACUGCUACCCUUCUGCCACACCCAGUCCACGACGCCCCGACCAUCCUGCUUGUAGACGCUUCGGCGUCUGCCGUCGGCGCAGUCCUCCAGCAGCAGGUCUCCAGCCAAUGGCAACCGCUCGCAUUCUUCUCCCGCAAGCUGAAGGACAGGGAAGUGCGUUACAGCACAUUUUUCCGCGAGCUCCUUGCAGUCUAUCUCGCGGUGAAGCAUUUCCGACAUUUUCUCGAAGGCCGCACGUUCACCAUCUACACGGACCACAAGCCGCUCACCUAUGCUUUCGUAUCCUCUGGCAAUAACUACGCCCCUCGUGAAGUUCGUCAGCUCUCGUACAUCUCAGAGAUUUCGACUGACAUCAGGCACCUUAGCGGCAAAGACAACACGCAACGCACGGACGAGGAAUUGGCCAAGCUCCGCGCCGAUGCACGCUCUGGACUCCACUUCCAAGACUUGCUCCUCCCCGGCGCGGCAACGGCUGUAGCGUGCGACGUGUCACUUGGAACACGCCGACCAAGCUCAUUGCGGCCCGCUACGUGUGGCCAAGCAUGCACGCCCACAUCAAGCAAUGGACACGCUGCUGUCUCCAAUGUCAACGAGCUAAAAUUCAUCGUCACACCUACGCACCCGUGGCCAGCUUCCUCCCGCCCGACUCACGGUUCGACAAAAUUCAUAUUGACAUCGUCGGCCCCUUACCACGGUGACCGGAAGCAACACCAUCCCGGACAUCACCGCAGCCACUGUGGCGGCGGCAUUCAUGACCACUUCGAUUUCACGUUUGGCGUACCCUCCACCAUAACAACAGUCCGCGGAAGGCAAUUCGAGUCAUCUCUUCUCGCCGCCCUCACUACUCCUCUCGGCGCGCAACGUAUCCGCGCGACCGCCUAUCAUCCGUCGUCCAACGGUCUCGUGGAGAGAUUUCACCGUCACCUCAAGGCCGCAUUGAAGGCUCACGUCAACCCCACCGCCUGGACGGAAGCCUUGUCGGUGAUACUCCUCGGACUCCGGUCCGUUUUCAAACCUGACUUGGGUUGCACCUCGGCCCAGCUUGUCUAUGGAACGACCUUGCGGCUUCCUGGCGAAUUUUUCACACCACCCCCCACAAGGACCAUGCCCGGUCCCACCGACUAUGUCACCCGCCUUCGCGACGUCUUCACUGAUCUGCGUCCCGCACCCACGUGUCUGGGCUCAACCGCCAAGGUGUACGUCCACCCGGACCUCGCCACAUAUACACACGUAUUUGUGCGCGUCGUCUCGGUUCGGAAGCCGUUACAGCUCCCAUACAACGGUCCCUACCUCGUCAUCGCUCGCUCUCCGAAGCAUUUCACGGUCCGCAUCAACGCGAAAACAGAAGAGAUCGCCAUGGACAGGCUCAAGUCGGCCUACACCGCGUCGCCUACAGCCACCGAAGUCAUCGUUCUGGCGACCGAGGAUUUCUCCACUGCCCGACUCCCUUCGCAGCCCGCCAAGCGCCGUCUGAGGGUCUCAUGGGCGCCUAACCUCUGUCAUCAUCACUCAUGA